UUAUCCAUUCAAUACUUUUUUGUGAAAAGGCUCCCGACAGAUGACUUGCACCGUUGCGCGCACUUCACUUGACUAUCUUUUCUUUACUUUUCCUUCUUUCACAUGUACCCAGACCAAGUAUAAAUAUACAGGGAAGGUGCACACCUCUCUCUAAACUCCACCCCUUUUUGUUAAUGUUACGUGCAAAGAUGGAGUAUAAAUGUUCUGUAAUCUUGACAAAGGCAUUGAUAUUAUUUGUGCUUGUCAAUUGUGUCCACUCUGCAGCUGCAGCUGUGUCUCGACGGCCUGUUACAUAUGGAAGUAAAGAUCCAAAUAGGCCGUGUGUUGCGUGUCAUGCUACGUGCCCAGGACGGUCGAGAUAUUCUCGAAAGACCUGUACUAACUGCCACACGUACACAUCACGAUGCUGUGAUGGGGUCAUUAAUGACUAUUUCCAGAACGAGCAGUUUGAGAACUUGUUCUCAAACCGGGACUCCCUUGAGGCCCAUGCAAAGGGCUUUUGGGACUACCACUCUUUUAUCGCUGCCUCUGCUCACUACCAGCCCUACGGCUUUGGUACUACCUACAUCAACUCCACCUUCUUUGGAACCAAAGAAGUCGCAGCUUUUCUUGCCCAUGUUGGCACCAGAACCUCCUGUGGAAAUAAAGUGGCCAGUAAGGAACCAUUAGAAUGGGGUUUAUGCUACAAUAAGGAAAUAAAUUCCAACUCGAACAAUUAUUGUGAUGAGCACGUCAAAAACAUUUAUCCUUGUGCUCCUGGAGUUGCAUACUAUGGCCGGGGUGCUUUGCCUAUCUAUUGGAACUACAAUUAUGGAGAAGUUAGUAAAGAUCUGAAGGUGGAUUUGUUGAACCAUCCAGAAUACAUUGAACAAAAUGCUACACUUAGCUUCCAAGUUGCAAUUUGGAGGUGGAUGACACCAAUUAUGGAGCAUCAACCUUCAGCACAUGAUGUUUUUACUGGCUACUGGAAACCCACCAAGAAUGACUCUCUCGCCAAGCGAGUUUCUGGUUUUGGAGCUACUAUAAAUGUGCUUUAUGGAGAUCUUGUUUGCGGUCAAGGUGAUAAUGAGUUCAUGAACAACAUCAUAUCCCAUUACCUAUAUUACCUUGAUCUUAUGGGUGUUGGUCGAGAAAAAGCAGGGCCUCAUGAAGUGCUCAGCUGUGCUGAGCAAGUUGCUUUCAAUCCAACCCCUUCCUCAUCUCCUUGAUCUUUCUUUAACUAAUCCUUUUUUAUUUAAGGCAAUACAUUAAUAUGGCUCUACGAACAUAUAUAUUAAGUAACCGAAGGAAAAGUUCAAACAUGAAGAGGGAGUAAGAGCUUUUAUAAUCUGCUUGUAUGUUUUUGUGUGAAGCUAAACUUGCUUAGACAAUAAACGUUUAUAUUGAUUUGCAGCUGCCU